GCAUCAUUGUCGUCUUGUUUACACAGAAUGGUUUGGUUCCAAAUUUUGUCUUUUUUGCUCCUCUGUUUGGCACAAGAAGUCCGAAGCAUUCGUUGCGGUUCUUGUCUCCUGCUCACGUCCAACAAUACUGAGAUACAGAACGCCAUGGCGUCUGCGUUCAGCCGCUUCUUCAACUCCAAGUGUGCAGACGACAGUGCAGCAGAUAUCAGUGAAAUACAGUGUCCGGGCUCAUGUGAGCAUGUGAUCUCUAAUGUCGGGACCAUGGAUAAUGGAGGGCGACCAAUAACACUUACACUUCACUUGCGCCGGUGCAACGCUUUACGGAGUCUCGAUAUCGGUUGUCAAACACUGAGCAUGGCAGACGAUACAAAGAUCAAAAGUUACCUCAAAGAUAUAUUCGGGUCAAUUAAUCGUUUCACCAGUGUCCACGGUCGCCAUUGUCUGUGUAAUACCGACGGGUGCAAUAAAAACACCAGGAAUCUUCCUGUAAUGGCCCCAGUCCCCGUCACACAGUGUUACAAGUGCCAGUGGAGGCAGUACCGCAGUAGUGACAGUUCAAUGGAACAGCUGCUGAACGCUGGCCAUAACACACAGAUCCAGACUUCCUGCAAGGACGCCCAGCCAGUUCCAGCGAUUCCUUCUGUUAGUUGCCGCGGUUCUUGUGGCAUCACCAAUUCUACGAUUCAUAUGUCCUCGAAAGACGGACGCUUUAUCAACAUCAAAACAAUAGAAAGAACUUGCAUUCCCCUCAGAACCGCCAGCGAGUGUGUCAAUGGAGCUCCACAAGGCAAAGAUGGACAUCCAUCACAGCUGAUACAGCGGUCAGGCUUCGAAGACGUAAGAAUAGAGAAUCUCGCUUGCACGUGUAAUGGAAAUGGCUGCAAUGGUAUAGGAACUGAAGCGCUAGCGAGGGUCUCCAGAACGAGAAAUAUACCAAUUCAGUUCACCCCAGUUGGAGGCCCUGGUAACAGAACUCCAGGCAAUCCUGGCCUGCAGCCCUCAAUGAACGCCGGCACACAACCACUUAACGGCCUCGCUGCUAUACCACCACUGAUGAACCGCCAGGCAGGUAUACCAUUAAUGAACGCUCCCAUCUUUCCUAACAACCAGUGGAAUCCCAGUGGUGACAACAGCCCCAGCAACGCUCCAAUCACGACGACACCAAGUUCCGGCCAGAAGAACAAUGGCGCUGACGAGAAGAACCUUGAGAAGCAUGUUUACCUGCCUAAAGAACACUCUGGUAAGAGCAGUGGAACCAUCAAUAUUUCUAGUCUAGGCACGAUGUGCGCUGUCAUGACCUUACUACUGGGCUGUGUUGACCUGUUCUAGUUACUUUA